CAGCUGAAAAGCAGAAAUAUGAUUUGAAAUCGAGCCUAUGCAGUCGCCUCCUCGCUCUUUCUUCGCUUCGUCCUUCACAAACACCCCCUCUCUUCCAGUCAGCUGCUGCGCAUCGGCACAACAUGCAGGAUGAGCUUGUGGGGGUGACAGCCGCUCACACAUUCCCGUCAACCGAGGACGAGGACAGCAGCAGACCUGCCCCGCAGCCAGAGCAGAGCCGGCGGGGCGCCAUCACGAAGGAUUACAGCCGGAACACGAAGGAGCGGCAGUCCGUGUGUGACCUUGAGCCGGGCCGAGAACUGCAUCAGCUGUUGGGUGAGCGCGCAGAGGUGCCCCCACCCCAGGGACACCUCAGCCACCUGCAGCAGAGGCAGCUACAAGACGAACCCAGCGGCUCAGCUGAUGCUGCGUCGCCAUCGCCCUCCUCCGUCAAUCCACAUAAGCUUCUGAUGGACCCCCCCCUCGCCCACCACCUUAAUAACGGCAAUGGCAGCAACAGCAUGUUGGCUGGAGGUCUCGGAGCCGCGUUCCCGAACCUCCCCUCCCAGGAGAUGCACAGCGGUGGGGGCGGCUCGUCCUCUUCAUCGUCCGUCCCCGGCGGGUUCGGUACCCCCUGGUCUGUUCAGACCAGUUCCUCGCCCCCACCCGUGGCCAACUCCAUCAACCCCACCCACCAUAACGCCAUCAACCAGAUGCCCAGCGCGGAGUCCGAGAACAGCUUCUACACCGGGAUCCCUUCUAUCAGCCCGGCCUUCUUCCACAGCUUCUCGCCCCUGUCGGCGGCUAAUCCGUGCGCGGGGAUCAACGUGCAGGGUUUCAGCGGGCCAUUUUCUCCCCAGAUAAACGUCCCCCAGCAGCCGCAGAGCCGCAGGUCCCCGGUCAGUCCCCAGAUGCACCACCAGAACGGCGCCUUUCUGCAGCAGAGGAACAAUUACAACCAACAGCAGCCUAUGGUGAAACCAUCUCCAUGGAGUAGCCACCAGGGGAACGGCUGGGCCUCCGGUGGGAUGUCCUGGGGUCGGGACCACCGCAGAGGGGGCAACGUGGGGGUACCCGGCUCGGUCAGUCACAUCUCACCCUUGAAAAAGCCCUUUUCAAGCAACGUCAUUGCUCCGCCCAAGUUCCCCCGUUCCAGUGGCUCCCUGGGACCCAAAUCCUGGAUGGAAGAAAACAUGUUUCGCACUGACAGCAACUGCAACUCAGUGUUGCCCCUGCAGGACCGCUCCAGAAUGUAUGACAGUCUGAACAUGCACUCUUUGGAGAGCUCUCUGAUUGACAUCAUGCGAGUUGAGCAGGAUCCGAUGAAAGGCCGCUCCUCCCUCUUCCCUAUUGAUGACAAUCUCCUCGAUGACAGCCAUGGAAACCAGGGUGUCCCAGGAGUCCUUGGCUCCCUAAACUGUUACCCCCACCAAAACGGUGAGCACAUCGAGCGCUUCUCUCGUAAAGUGUUCGUUGGAGGUCUGCCCCCUGACAUAGAUGAAGAUGAAAUCACUUCAAGUUUCCGUCGCUUUGGUCACCUGGUAGUGGACUGGCCUCAUAAAGCAGAGAGCAAAUCCUACUUUCCACCUAAAGGAUAUGCCUUCCUGCUGUUCCAGGAGGAGAGCUCAGUACAGGCUCUGAUCGAGGCCUGCAUGGAGGAGGACGGGAAGCUCUACCUGUGUGUUUCCAGCCCCACCAUUAAGGACAAGCCUGUGCAAAUCAGACCUUGGAACCUGAGUGACAGUGACUUUGUGAUGGAUGGGUCUCAGCCUCUUGAUCCACGCAAGACCAUCUUUGUAGGAGGCGUUCCUCGUCCUUUGAGAGCAAUUGAGCUUGCCAUGAUUAUGGACCGCCUCUACGGUGGAGUGUGCUAUGCAGGAAUUGACACAGAUCCAGAGCUCAAGUACCCAAAGGGGGCUGGACGUGUGGCCUUCUCCAAUCAACAGAGUUACAUCGCAGCCAUCAGCGCAAGAUUUGUGCAGCUGCAGCAUGGUGACAUCGAUAAGAGAGUGGAAGUGAAGCCCUACGUCCUGGAUGACCAGCUGUGUGAUGAAUGUCAGGGUGCACGCUGCGGAGGGAAGUUUGCUCCUUUUUUUUGUGCUAAUGUCACAUGCCUUCAGUACUACUGCGAGUUCUGCUGGGCCAAUAUCCACUCUCGGGCAGGACGAGAGUUUCACAAGCCGCUGGUAAAAGAGGGCGCCGACCGUCCUCGCCAGAUCCACUUUCGCUGGAACUAAUGAUGCAGCUCCACAUCCACAAAGACCCAGUGAAUCAGGAAACUGAGCAUCACUCUAUCUCUCCUGCUUACCUAAGCUAUCAGUAUAAUCAAGAGCGUAACACUAUACAACAUAUACUAUAUAUAGCUAUAUAUGUUUUGUAGCAGCCGAACACCACAAGCCUCAGUUUUUCACC